CAUAUUCAUGCAAUGCAGUUCAUGCCAGAUAUAUACAGUAGUGAGAUACAACAGUACAGACAAUCGAGAGAUGAAAUGAAAGAAUGAUGGGUUAGACUAAUAUUCCCGUUUCAGAAACACGUUCCUCAUUGGCAUUUGGGGGUGGGUGCCUUCGAUAUGUUCGUACUCGUAGCAAUGAAGGACCUUGUCGAGGUCAAGCCUUGGAAAUUUGCUGAGGACCGAGUUGAUACCGUCAGUUCAGAAUUGAACAAAAAGCUAGCCAACAAGGUCAUUCACAAUGUUGGUUUGUGUAUUAGCCUGUACGAUAUCACAGUGCUUGGAGAUGCUAUGAUCUACCCGGGUAAAGGAUCCUGUCAUGUCAAAGUCGAAUUCCGUUUCAUUGUCUUACGCCCGUUCGUUGAUGAAGUCAUCCUUGGCGAAGUACGCAGCUGCAGUCCUGAAGGCGUAAACGUGUCGAUGGGAUUUGAUAAGAAGGGAUCUAUGUUUGAUGACAUCUUCAUCCCAGCAGAUUAUCUCCCCAACCCAUCCAGAUUCAAUCGUGAAGACAAUGUUUGGGCAUGGGAGUACCCAACUGAAGACGGGGCCAGUGCUGAUUUAUGCAUCUACAACGGUGAGAAGAUCCGAUUCAGAGUCAUUAGCGAAACAUUCGUUGAUUGUACACCGUCGACACCCGAGCUUGCCGGGGCUGCGGCAGCUGCAGCAGCAUCUGGGACUCCAGUUCAGGAGGAGAGUCGCAUCCCGUACUCGCUAACAGGUUCCAUCAGUGAAGCUGGUCUGGGUCUUCUAUCAUGGUGGCAGUAGUAUACUGUACACGCUUUUCUUCCAGGGUCCGCACAACCCUUGAAAACCCUAAAAUAUACUCUUUUUUUAUAAGCUUCCAGUAAAGAAUAUACUGGAAAACCCAACAUCUGGUGAAAAUACAGUCAUUGUCCUGAAAAAAUCCUUGAAAUUCAGUUUUUUCAGGCAUUACGAUAUUCACUUGUCAGUACCCUGUGAUGCACAGUCAGCAUGGUCAGUGUCCUAUCGUGUAGACUCCAAGCUUGUUACCAGUGGUAGAGUCUUCACUGCAUGCAUGCACUCUGGGAUUGUGUACGUGGAGGAUGAUUUGGUGAUCGGUUUGAAGUCCUCAAAUUUAGUUUUUUUUCCCGAAAUAUACUUGAAUUUCCAAUGUAUGCCUGUGUGCGGACCCUGUCUACCUGUGCUGGUGCUGACAGUGCACAGUAAAUGUCAAGACUUACUUAGUGAAAGUAGAUGCAGCAGCGUGGUGUACCACACGCAAGCUGUGCACGGGCUACAGCUUCUGCAUAGCAGCUUCUGGACAGCAACUCAGGAGCUCCAAGUCAGGACACCAACCGGGCACAUCUGGGCCAGUGUGUAAUCAUGCUAUGCAAGUCAGCGGAUUGCGUCAACACCAGUGGCACUCCAUUCUGACGAGGAGAUAAGAUGACUACUCAGACCUAUUGGUGAUAUUCUUACUGUCAAGCUGGAUGUGAAACCAUCUUUAUUAAAAUAUGUGCCAUGUGUCCACACGAGUAGCUAUUCCACAACACUAUAAUAGGAUCAGAAGCAUUAAAAACACACAUGUCUUUUUUUCUUAAUCUUGAGUAAUGAACAGAAUAAUGUUAAUAAAGUGACUACGGAAUGGGAUCAUUGACUGGUCUGCCCGCGAACGCAGGUGCUGCUCCUGCUCCAGGCUGUGGGACGGUGUAGUUUGCCAGGCUGGCUGUCAUCCAGAACAUGAUGAUAGGCUGCAAGAUGGCGAUCAUCAGCAGGAGAUAGUUGCGUCGCUUAUUGCCAUGCGCUAUACCGUCGUCGCUGCCCGCCUGUGGCAAGAUCAGCAGCCGCAGUGUUCGCACCUGAGAAGGAAAUCAGCCAACAACAGACAACCAGUUACCUCAGCACACACCGUUAUGUUCACUGCUAUCAUAUUGAUCCUUGCUGCAUUUUGAUCCUUGCUGUUGAUGUGCCAUUAUGUCAUGCAUGUCAAGUACUGUAUUUUCGCUGUACAUUUAGAGGCUGCUUUGAUACUGACUGAGUUACAUAUAGCAAUGGCAAUACCUAGUGUUGAAAUGA